ACUUCCGGAGCUGCCCGGGCGGGGCCCGAGCUAGGGCUGCUGCUGGGAUCAGGCUUGGCUCUGCUGGUCGCCACGUCCCGCGCCUGACCACCGGUGCUUUCCCGCUGUCUGAGGGCCGCCGGCCGGCGCGGGCCUGCCGCGCCCGGAUGCGUCUUUUACCACAGUGGAGCACCUGCCUCAGUCCCACUUGUGCCACAAAACAUGCCAUGGCCUGGGAGUGCCCUGCCAAGCUGCCCUCACCUGCCAAGCCAGACCUUACCUGGCGAGCCCACAGUGCCAAGCCCACAGCUCCCCACGGAGGAAGCUGGCCCAGCCUGCGAGCCGGCCCUGAGCAGCUGCCUCUGAUCCCUCAGGUAGGCAGAAAGGAAACAUUAACUGCCUGAGGAGCCGGCCAGCUGGCGGUCACAGGGACCACACCACCCUGCUCCCAGCUUACCCGCAAGAUGUGGACAGCCCUCAUGCUGGUUUGGAUUUUCUCCUUGUCCUUAUCUGCAAGCCAGGUGGCAUCUGACAAGCCACGAUACUUAAUCCCAAAUGAGGUGUUGGUUAGAGUAGUCAAGAAAAAUAAUGCUUUGGAAACAAAGGUUCCUAGUAAGAGACUUGAGAAAACAACCACAGUGACUCCUUCUCUGGUCAAAUUCACCGAAGGAACUUUGACAGCCACCCUCAGCCCUACCAAAGUCACAGCAGAGACAACGCACAGGACAAAUGUGAGUACCCUAGCAGCUGUAGAAGGUGUGCCUGAGACUGUAAGCUCUGGAGCUGCCACUCCAUUCAUAUCACCCAUCCCCACAUCUGUGUGGCAGACCCCAGCCGCCACCGUCCCUGGGCUUCCGUCUCUCAGCACCCCCCGUGCACAAGUGCCAAGUACCAGCACGUCUCAAAGUACAGCAGCGACGGUAAGGACACUGACCACGAGUAACCAGACCGCUGCUGCCAAUGCAAACAGCUCCUCUAGCACGCUCAGUUCCUCAGAGCCCACACCCACUAGCUCCACAGCGAGCCCCACAUCCACCGUGGGUACCCAAGCACAAGGCCCCACCAGCCCGGUGUCACAGGCCCAGCCGGUGCUCAGCACAGCAGGCAGGUCUACAUCUGCCCCCUCUAACAUCACCCCAGAGGUCACCACACCCCCUUCCAUGGCUCCCGUGUCCUCCACGGCAGUGACCACCACCCAAGCUCAAGCUGAGGAGUCAACUACCAGCACAGUGCCAGCGCCUCCCUCCAGUCCGACCCCCCAGGUGGAAGCCACAUCCCCCACAACACCACCACCUGUGUCAUCCACCCAUGGGGCUGGAGGACCAGCCACCCCCCAGACAUCAGAACAGAUGGAAACCAAAGCCACACCUGGAACUGCCUCUGCCACUCCUGGGGUGACACCCAGGAGCUCAGGGGAACCCAAGGUGCCAGGUACAGAUUUGUGCCAGCCCAGCACUGAAGGCCAGUACCUAGUGGUCACCACUGAGCCCUUGUCUCCAUCCUCAGUGGACAAAACGCCCCUUCUGGUGGUGCUUAUACUUGGGGUGACCCUUUUUGCCACGGUCUUGGUUUUGUUUGCCCUGCAAGCCUACGAGAGCUACAAGAAGAAGGACUACACACAGGUGGACUAUCUCAUCAAUGGCAUGUACGCAGACUCGGAGAUGUGACCAGAGGCUGGGGCCAGCCUGGGACCACCACGGCUCGGGGCAAGGCCAGCCUCUUCCUCCACCUUCCAUUUCGCCUCAGAGACCAAACCAAGUGCUUCCAAAUCUUUUUGGUGCAAUUUUGGAGAUACGCCAGAUGCUUAGACACAUUUAACCACGUCAGAUUAAUUCCAUGAUCAUGAAAGAGUUGCUGCUUUUUCAUAUUUAUUUUUGUAACAGAUCAUGAGCCAGGAGCAGAUGGUGACCAGAGGUGCACCAUCUGCCGCAGGGUGGGCCAGAGUGGGCAGAAGCCCUGGACCUCUUGGCCCCUGGUGUAUCAGAUCUUAACCAGAAUUAAAACAGUGACUGUCUCCACUCAGA